AUGCGCAAGGCGAUUCUAGCAUUAAGAACAUGUCUUGUUGAGCUCCAAAGAGUUCAUUCCUUAUCCGACAAAUUCAAAGAGCGGUAUUUGGCAGUUUUGCGGCGAACCGUUUGUCAUGAAGCCUUAAUUGGCAACACCGCAGAUAGCGACGAUGAUAUAACCGACAAUAACACAUCUGAUGCAGUAGAGGGAUCUACGGUGGCCACAAUUCAAACAAAUAACGGCACCUUGUCGUUUCCGCUUCAAAUCAACCAGCAGUCAAUUACAAUGGUCCCAUCGACUUCCCAAUUUGAAGCGAAUUUGGAGUUUCUUAGAAAAAUUGGAAUUCAAGCAAUGCUUACCCCACAAGUCGUUGCUGACGCCUCAAAGAAAAUCGUCGGGUCUCCCGAAAAAUCGGAAGAGGAAAAAACAAUAGCGUUGUGA